AUGUCCAGUGUAAUUGCAGCUAAAGGCAAAGGGCAGAGUCCAGCCAAGGUGAAUAUCAGUGCUGCCCUCGUUGAGGAUAUUAUCAAUUUGGAGGAAACCAAUGAAGACAUGCAGGCAGUGAUAGAAGCUCUCAAAGAAGAUUUCAGCAGAAACCUCAGUGUUAGGACCUCACCAGGGGCCCUUGAUCACAUCGUGGUGGUGACAAAGGACGGGAAGUUUCCGCUGAACCAGCUGGGACAGAUCUCACAGAAGUCACCACAGCUCUUGCUAGUGAACAUGACCAGUUUUCCAGAGAGCACAGCUGCAGCUACGAAGGCUAUAAGGGAGAGUGGCAUGAACCUGAACCCAGAAGUGGAUGGGACAAUAAUUCGGGUGCCAAUUCCUAAGGUCACGAGAGAGCACAGGGAGAGCCUGGCCAAGCUUGCCAAGCAGUCCACCAACAAGUCCAAAGAGGCCCUGAGAAAGGUGCGAAGCAAGAGUAUGAACCAGGUAAAGAAGUCCAAGAGCAAAGUGUCUGAAGACACCAUCUGGCUGCUAGAAAAGCAGAUCCAGCAAAUGGCAGACAAUGCUGCAGCAGAGAUGGACAAGCUGCUGGCAGCCAAGACUAAGGAGCUGCUAGGAUAAGAGCCAUCCCUACAGACACUCCUCCCUCAAGCAAGAACUGGCUGCCACCACCCCAGGGGUCAUCCCUGCCCA